CCACAAAAAAAACAGGAAGAUUUGUCUUAUGUUGAUGACGUAUUUUUAGCGCGCCUCACCUCUUUCUACAUUCAUAAGUAGGACUGUUGUUCCUAAUGAGACUUUAAACUUCUUAUACUCAUCACUGCAAAUUUAACGGUAUCCGCCACGGAUGUCUCAACAACCGCAGCAGGCGGUGCCCUCCGCCCCGGACUCCCCCGCGCUGCUCGUCACCAGCAACGUGCAGAAAUACGCCAUCAAGAAGAAGAAAGUCCUCAGCGCUGAGGAGGCAGAGCUGUUUGAAGUAACCCAGGCUGCAGGCAUCACCAUGGACCAAGAGGUGUUCAAGAUCAUAGUGGACCUGUUAAAGAUGAAUGUGGCUCCUCAAGCGGUCUUCCAGACCCUGAAGGCGAUGUGUGCAGGCCAGAGGGUAGCUGACAGCGGCAGCGGCGGAGAGACUUCAACGGCCUCCCACACCACGAGCAUCACCACAGCACCAACAGAGGCCAGAGAAGAGGACUCUUUUGUCUCUGGAAAGACCCCUAAGCCUCCUGCAGCUCCGACCUCAGCGUCUGUCCCCAGAGCCACUAGGGUCAACACUAAGAUUGUGGUCUACGGCCCCCAAGACGCUAGCGCUCCUCACUCUCAAGUGCGCAGUAAAGCUGGAGCGAGCCACGGCGAGAAGAGCAGAGAGGCGUCCAGCCAGCGGGGGGGGCAGCGGCAGCCCAGCGCCACCAGGGGGCAGAAGACCAAGAGCUCCGGCAGCAGCAGUUCCUCCUCCCAGAUAAACUCCACAUGAGCCAUCAGGGCAGUAGCUGCAGAAGAGGAUUAGGGACACG